AUGACUGAUCCAGCCGCAUCCGUUUCAACUGGUUUGGAAAACAUUGUAAUCUCUAACGAUCCUCCCGAGACUUCUGAACAUAGAAAUACUAUGCAACAUGACGAACAUAUCGCCCGUCUGACUCAAGAAAUUGAGGACCUACGUAGCGAACUAAAUCGGGUUAGGGACCUGACCAACUUAUCCGUCACACUCCAAAGUCCACCUCCUGAACCUAGAACUGUCGCACCAAAUCCACCCCGUUUUCCAUCACUUGAAUCUCCAGUCCCUGAACACUUUCCUCCCCAAAAUAAUGCACCCACCAACAACAACUUUCCUCCACCAAAUCCAUCAUCCGUCUAUACUCCUCCACAAAAUCAACCACCUACCUACAAUACCUAUGCUACUCCUAAUCCACCACCCGUCAACCCACCAAAUCAAUCACAAGUUCACACCCCUUAUAUUCCGUUACCUACCAACACUAAUCCGCCACUUACAACUACUCCUCUAAACCCACCAAACCAACUGCCUACAAACACCAUGUAUAACACACCACCUCCAAUCCACAACACUCCCGCUGUCCAAACUUAUCCAACCCAAAGAUAUACAAGUGGCACAUUUUGCCACUCCUAUCAUGCACAAGAUGUUCCUCCGGUAUAUGCAGCGGAAACACAAGCCUAUACCAACCCAGUAACGGUCAGGUUGCCGCCCGAAGUAGAUCAAUACGAGAAAAUGGAGAAAGAGGCAAAAGCAAGGGCAGACGAUAUGUUGCUAAAAGAGAUCCACAGUCUCAAAGAAGCAAUGAGAAACCUUCAAGUUGCUAGGGGAACUAAGAGUGUAGAAUACGAGGAUCUGUGUGUUCAGCCUGACGUCGAUUUGCCCGUAGGCUACAAACCGCCGAAAUUCGAUACUUUCAAUGGAACCGGCGAUCCCCAUACACACUUAAGGGCUUACUGCGACAAACUGGUUGGAGUAGGUAGAGAUCGAAACAUAAGGAUGAAACUAUUCAUCGAAGCUUAUCCGGUGAAGCUCUUGCAUUGGUAUACACAACAGGACGUCCGUAAAUGGCGUGGUUGGAGUGACAUGGCCCAAGACUUUAUGGACCGAUUCAGUUUCAACACCGACAUCACACCAGACAGGGUCUGCAUGAGCAAGUUAACUAAGAAGUCAACUGAGUCAUUCCGUGAGUAUCGCCGCGUUGGAGGUCGAGAGCGCCGUGGUUCAACCCCGAUGAAUGACAGAGAAAUGACUGCUACUUUCAUUGAAUGCCAGGCUGGCAUAUUUUAUGAGAAAAUGAUAGGUAUGAUGGGACAAAAGUUCACAGAAGUUGUCCGAAUGGGUGAAGCUUUGGAAGAAGGCAUCAAAUCUGGAAAAAUUCAGGAUCUUACUGCUUUGCAAGCAGUAAACAAGGCUAUUCAAUCUGGUUCUAUCAGUGGGACUAAAAAGAAGAAAGAAGAUGCUGCUGUGGUCAUGAAUGUCCAAGGACAUAAGCCAAGCCAAGCCACUACAUACUUUAACCAUCCACAACCGCCUUUCUACCCUUACCAUUACGUUGAACCUUACCAAACUCCACUAUCUCCCUACCCUGUCUACAACGCCCAAGUAAACUACUACCAACCCCGAACACCUCCACAUCAAAACCCACGUCCAUAUCAACCUGUUCAAGCUCCUACUUACCAAAAUCGACCACAUGCUACAACCAAAACUCGUCCAAACACUGACAUAAAAAAUACCCGUAAUUACACUCGGUUCACUGAACCCUUGGCUCAAUUAUUCGAAAGAUUGAAAGCAGCAGGCGUGAUACAACCGAUUGAAGGGAAAAUUCUCGAUCCUAUUCCAAGAUGGUUUGAUGGUUCCAAGCACUGUGCUUACCAUUCCGGAGUCGCUGGGCACGACACUGAGGAUUGCUAUGGGCUCAAAAACAAAAUCGAGGCCUUGAUUAAGGAAGGAGCAAUCCAGAUUACUGGAGCUCGGCCUAACGUGGACAACAAUCCUUUACCUACUCAUGAGAAUGCCAACGUGAACAUGGUAACUGUUGAAGAGGAUAAGGAUUCGAAAAGAGUCAUUAUGCCAAUUGAAAAGGACAAGUCAUCAACGUUUGCUGCUCCCGCGGGAAAAAUCCAAAAACAAGCACCAGUGAAGAUUGUUGCUACAACUUCUCACAACACCGAGACACCGACCAUUCGGGUGCCGAACCGGAGAAGAUUCGAAGAAUUGGACUUGUACUCCGUCCCCGGUUCGCCGAGUCUUGGUAGAUUUGAACAUGUAGUGAACUUUGAGAUAGCACAAUUUUAA